AGCUGAUCAAAUCCGACCCAAAGAUCAGCUUUUCUCCGAAAACCGCUCAUUCUCUUUCAGUCAUGAGCUCUGCUGCAACCACCCGACCACCUCAAGCUCAAGCUCAAGCUCAAGCUCAAACCCCAGCUCAAGCUCAGCGACCCGCCGUCCCCGUCCGCGAGUACUUUCUGGGCGGAAUGGCGAGCCUGAUGGCCUGCCUCUUCUCCAACCCGUUCGAGGUCGUCAAGACGCGAUUGCAGCUGCAGGGCGAGCUGCUGGCACGAGGCAACUACGUCAAGGCGUACAACAAUGCAGGACACGCAUUCAUCACCAUUGCGCGCCAGGAGGGCCUCCGAGCCCUGCAGCGCGGAUUGUCCCCCGCGCUCGCGUACCAGCUCUUCAUGAACGGCACGCGCCUGGGCGUAUUCGACCCAAUCCGGCGAAACCUCAUUGCGCUGACGCAUGAGCCCACCUCGCAGCGCCAGCUCAUUGCGUUCAACGUGGCGUCCGGCGCAAUCUCGGGCGCGAUCGGCGCAAGUAUCGGAUCGCCCUUCUUUCUGAUCAAGUCGCGCAUUCAAGCCCAAACCUCGGCCAAGGGCGUUGCGUUCGGACACCAGCACAAUUACAAGGGUGUAGUGGAUGCAUUCCGGCAAAUAUACGCCCAGGAAGGCCUGCUGGGCUUCUUCCGAGGGGUCAAUGGCGCCGUUCCGCGCGUCAUGGUCGGCUCUGCCGUCCAGCUCUCCUCGUACGACUUUAUCAAGCGCCUGGUCAUGCGGGAGACGGGCUGGGACAACUCGUUCCCAACCCAUUUGCUGAGCAGCUUUGGCGCCGGCUUUGUUGUCACCGUUUUCAUGAAUCCCUUCGACGUCGUGUCCACCCGCCUGUACAACCAGCAGGUCGUCGACGGCAAGGGCGCCAUGUACAAUGGCUUGAUUGACUGCUUCCGCAAGGUGCGUGCUUCCGAAGGCGUGCGAGGGUUUUACAAGGGCUUUUCCGCGCACUACUUCCGGUUGGCGCCGCACACUGUUCUUACGUUUAUCUUUUGGGAGCAACUCAAAAAGCUGUCGGCACAGUUGGAUUCUCGUCGUCAUCAUUGAAGAAAGCAUCAAAUUUGACUUUGUGCGAGCGCUAAGUGUUUUUUCUUUGAUUUUUUUUGUACAAUACGACAGCCGG